CAGCACUGAGCAGCGCGGCCAGACGUCAGCCCCCCGCAGGUCCGAGCCUUCCGCGCCCCUUCCAGCUCUCGGACUCCACAACCUCCAGCCUCCGGCCCCGCCCACGCCCCGCCUGCGGCAGGUCCCGGACCCGGGACCCUUCCCAUCACUGAGGAGUGGCUGGGUCGUCACCCUCCGGACCCCUGAAGCCAAAGAGUGCCCAACACGGCUGGUCCCAUCCGCAUCUGGACCUCGUCCUCUUAAGUCACUCCCAGGGAUGGUGCUGGUUUUGCUCAUCGCCCUCAGCUGCAUUGUUUUCCAGAACUUCUGGCAGGCCCAGGCUGUUCCCAUCUUGCCCCUGGGCCUGGCUCCAGACACCUUUGAUGAUGCUUAUGUGGGCUGCUCAGAGGAGAUGGAGGAGAAGGCAGUCCCUCUGCUAAAGGAGGAGAUGGCCCGCCAUGCUCUGCUCCGGGAAUCCUGGGAGGCAGCCCAGGAAGCCUGGGAGCAUAGGUGUCAAGGGCUGACCCUGCCCCCUGGCUUCAAAGCCCAGCACGGAAUCGCCGUCAUGGUCUACACCAAUUCAUCUAACACCUUGUACUGGGAGCUGAACCAGGCGGUGCGGACAGGCGGUGGCUCCUGGGAGCUCUACAUGAGGCACUUCCCCUUCAAGGCCCUGCAUUUCUACCUGACCCGGGCCCUCCAGUUGUUGCGGGGGAGUGGGGGUUGUAAGAGGGGAUCUGAGGAUGUGGUGUUUCGAGGUGUGGGUACCCUGCGCUUUGAACCUAGGAGGCUAGGGGACUCUGUCCGCUUGGGCCAGUUUACCUCCAGCUCCCUGGAUGAGGGGGUUGCCCGCAGAUUUGGUAAUGCCACCCUUUUCUCUAUAAGAACUUGCUUUGGGGCCCGUAUCCAGUCCCUGUCUGUCUUUCCUGAGGAGCGUGAGGUGCUGAUUCCCCCCCAUGAAGUCUUCUUGGUCACCAGGUUCUCCCAGGAUGGAGCCCAGAGCCUAGUGUCUCUUUGGAGCUAUAAUCAGACCUGCAGCCACUUUAACUGCGCCUAUCUGGGUGGGGAGAAGAGGCUGGGCUGUGCAUCUUUUCCAAAAGGUGGGCAGCCAGACUCACCCUCCAACAGGGCCUUCUCUCUGCAAUCCUGGAAGACCCUGCUUUUGACCCCUGGGGAGUUCCAGCUCUCAGGAGCUGGGCUCUGAAAGUUCAGUGCCUGCCACUUAGAAGUCCUGGGAACUGGUGACCUUCCUAUGAAGAAGGGGGGCUUCCUACAGUCUUGGGAACAAGAAUGUGGUUUCAGGCCCAGCCCUAUCAGUAGUCUCCCCAACUAGAAUGUGGGGGGUGGUGGGAUAUAAGGCCUUGUAGGACGGAGGGAGUCCCAGUAUGUGGUGGGGACUCCCUGGGACAAGCAAGGGCAGUACUGUGAUGGCCACUUGAUUAAACAGUAUUGCAGUG